GUGCCGGAUAGCAAGAUGAAUAUUAUUGACCACACCCUGGCUGAGCAGCACGCAUCGUUCGCCGACAAAUAUGGGACCACGCCAUCUAUGCUGCGGAAAUUCCUGGCUGACGCAAUUGAUAAGUGCAAAGACUCAAGAAUGGCUGAUUUGAUACGAGGCUGCACUACACAUGUAGUUGCACUGCCGUGGCGGAACAACCUGUCCAUAAUGGAGGAUGGUAUGUACGUAAUGCGCCACUUGGAGACGUACUUUGGAGAGAAGGAUAAAGAUUGGGAUUGCGGGCUGACCGCAAAGGGAAGCAAAAGUCUUGAAAUGUUUCGAAUCAAAUUUGCAAGGGUGCUACUGACUUCUCCCUACAAUGUCCGCGGUGCCGCAAACCAAAAAAAGGCAACCAAGUUCUGGAGAGAUAAACCUAAAAAUUUCAAUUUCGAAAAGUGGGUAGAAAAUUAUGGGUUAUAGGGCGUGAUUAUUUCUAGUAUUUGUUGGAAGAAUUUGCACUUUAUUUCCUUUUUGGAAGCUUGAAUACACUAAACAAUGUUUUUUAAAAUAGCAUUUUUUGAUUUCUAUCAUGUGAACACUCUGGCGACCAUUAAUGGAUGUAUUAUGUUAUUUGCUUGUU